CGAGCACGCAAGCCCAGGGCGCGCGCGCCGCUGGCGUUUUCUCGGCGCGGAGGAGGGGAACGAAGUGAGGGGGGGUUGUCAGCUUUGGUGUCUGUGUUGGCCAAUUCUGAAAUCUCCUUGAAGGAGCCCUACAUUGAGGAAGAUCAAAGCAGCAGUCUUUGCCAACUGGGGAAUGGACCGUUUGAGUUCCUUUAGCAAUGAUCCCUCUGAUAAGCCACCUUGCCGAGGCUGCUCCUCCUACCUCAUGGAGCCUUAUAUCAAGUGUGCUGAAUGUGGGCCACCUCCUUUUUUCCUGUGCUUACAGUGUUUCACUCGAGGAUUUGAGUACAAGAAACAUCAAAGUGAUCAUACUUAUGAAAUAAUGACCUCAGAUUUUCCUGUUCUUGACCCCAGCUGGACUGCUCAAGAAGAAAUGGCCCUUUUAGAAGCUGUGAUGGACUGUGGCUUUGGAAAUUGGCAGGAUGUAGCCAAUCAAAUGUGCACCAAGACCAAGGAGGAGUGUGAGAAGCACUACAUGAAGCAUUUCAUCAAUAACCCUCUAUUUGCAUCCACCCUGCUAAACCUGAAGCAAGCAGAGGAGGCAAAAACUGCUGACACAGCCAUUCCAUUUCACUCUACAGAUGACCCUCCCCGACCUACCUUUGACUCCUUGCUUUCUCGGGACAUGGCAGGAUACAUGCCAGCUCGAGCAGAUUUCAUUGAGGUAAGAGAAACUUGUUUUUGUUUAGGAUGAGGCUAUAUCUCUUACCUAUAGGUUCCAUA